CGGCCCGUGCAGGAGCCCUCGCUGGGAUGAGCGGCCGAGUCCCGCUGGCAGAGAAGGCCCUGUCGGAAGGCUACGCCCGCCUAAGGUACAGGGACACUUCCUUGCUCAUCUGGCAACAGCAGCAGCAGAAGCUGGAAUUUGUGCCACCUGGGACAUACCUGAGCAGGAGCCGAAGCAUGUGGUACUCACAGUAUGGAAACGAGGCCAUUUUAGUCAGAGACAGAAACAAGCUUGAGGUCUCCCGAGACACAGGACAAUCCAAGUUUUGCAUAAUUAUGUAAUUCCAGUGUGGAAAGCUGCACUCAAGUGCCAAGCCUUGAGGAAAAGGAGACUAAUCUGUUCCGUGGUCCUGUUCAUUUCUUGUUGGAGAUCUUAAAGACCACGAAGAUUGAGCUCCUGURUAAGAACCCAAGAAGCCCAGCUCCGAGCCCUUUAGCACAGAUCAGUGCAACUGGUACCCAGAGAUUGCUGGGGACCUUUGUAGCCCAACAUUAUGACAUGCCGCUGCACCAGGCGCUGCAGGGAAUGGAGGGCCUGGGCACUGCUGGUCGCUGUGUUUCUGUUUCCAGACAAGACCAACAAGAGUGGCUCCCACCUUGCAACCCCCCUUCAAGGUUUCGUUUGCUGGUUUGCUUUGCUGGGAUGGAACCAGGCCUCAUGUGAUAAGCAGGUGCUCUGCCACGGAGCUAUGUCCUCAGCCCUCAAGGUCUUACAGGUUGUUUGAGUAGUAACUUCUGCUUGGUGAAGAACAGGUGAGAUCCAUCAGCGUGCAUGUAGUGGCCAGUGGCCAGCCCAGCAGAGGUGGCAGCUCAGUAGCCAUAGUCCAGCACAAUCCUCACUGGCCCACAGGCAAGUACAUCCUGAACCCCUUAAGGAAACUCCCAAAUUUUAAGCUCCACAGGAGUUGCCUACAGUGCUUUCAAACAUAGUCCCGUGGUUGAGAAAGGCAGGUCCCUCCCUGGGUGGAGUAUUUUGGUCUUUGUACUCUGAGCUGCAGCUGCCCGACAUUUGACUUGUCAUCUCUGCACACGGGCAACAGUGCCCACCUCUGUGGGCAGUUUCCUCAAGUCAUUUUGAAAGAACUUGCCCCCUGCUGUCUUGACCAUCCCCAUGGCGGUGCAGAAUGUCAGGUGUGCUUUGUCCGUGGAUUCUCUCAUCUAAAUAAACAUCCUUUAGGAU